GAGCCACCUCCGCAGCCGCCGUCUCUUCCUCCCGACCCCUUUCUCAGUGAUUUCGUCGGCCCGGGAACAGGAGCCGCCGGUUCCCCUUCGAGAAUGGGCGACAAUGACCAUGACAUCUCUGGAAAUACAUCAGAAGAUAAUGAUCUCAAAUCUAAGAACCAAGAUAGUGCAGGACCAGCUAAUAUGCUAUCUGUGCCUACAAAAGAACAAGUAAUGAAGAAAGGAGGGAAUAUACAACCAAUCCACACUGCAGAACAGAUGGAAAAGAAGAGAUGGGCCAUUCAGUGCACAGCAGCAUGGUUCAAUGAAGCCGGGAUUCCUUUUAAUACUGCCUCUCUUGGGAGUUUUGACUUAAUGUUAGAAGCAAUUGCACAAUGCGGUCUUGGUUUACAUGGACCCUCUCUGGAUGAGCUUGAUGGGCUAUUAUUGAAUCAACAAGUUUUAGCAAUUAAUGAUUCAAUUGAAGCACUAAAGAAAUCUUGGGCACUGGAAGGAUGCUCUAUUCUGGUUGAUCUAAACAUGGGUUAUGAUGAAAGGCGCUUGUUGAACUUGGCAGUUCAUUGUUCGCAGGGUGUCUCUUUCCUUCGUUCCAUCGAGCUGCCUUCAGGCAAUUAUGAUAAAGCAUUUACCUGCCAACUUGUUGACUCUUGCAUUGAAGAAGUUGGAGAGAAAGAUGUGGUGCAGAUCAUCACAAACACACAUUCAGAAAUGAUAUCGGCCAAGAGACCUAACUUAUUUUGGACUCACUGUGCUGUAAGUUGCAUUGACAUGAUGCUCGAAGACAUAGGGCAUAUUCCUUUGAUCAAGCGAACAAUUGCUAAGGCAAGGUCAGUUACUGCCUUUCUUUAUGGACAAUCGAAUUUGUUGGACAUGAUGAGGCGGUUCACCAACCAGAGGGAUUUGGUUCAUGUUGGGAUCACUUGUUACACCACUUGCUGCUUGAACUUGAGGAGCCUUUAUGAUAAGAGGAUCGAAUUGAAGGCUAUGUUUAUUUCAAGAGAAUGGGAGGACAGCAAAUGGUCGAAGGAAGCUGUGGGCAAGAGAUUCUAUAAUCUAGUAGUAAGCAAUGAGUUCUGGGAUAGGGUGCUGUAUGUUAUAAACAGCUUUGAGCCAUUAGUGGAGAUUCUAAGGAGGAUGGCCAAUGGCAGACCCUAUAUGGGGUUCAUAUAUGGUGAACUUGAGAAUGCUAAAAGGGAAAUUGCCUUCCGCUUUGAAAAUAAGGAAGAGCACUAUUUACCAAUAUGGAGCCAUAUAGAUUUUAGAAUCAAUUAUUACCUGAAGAAACCAUUGCACUUAGCUGGGUAUUAUUUGAAUCCCUUAUUCUACUAUCAAAACAGAAAUGAGAUUGAAAAGACAGAAAUCUUCAGAGAUGCACUUGUUGAGUGUACUCACAGGAUGUACCAAGAUCAGUCGGUGCAAGAGAAAAUUGUGAAUCAACUGAUGCUUUACCGGACUGCUUCACAGAGUUUUUGCACGGCUCAUGCCAUUCACGCUCAAAUGACUGUUGACCCAGUUAUCUGGUGGGAAUCACAUGGUGUUGCAGCAAAGGAGUUGAGCACAAUGGCACUGAGGAUUUUAAGAUUAACUUGUGGCUUAGUGGCCUAUGAGCCAAGUUGGAUUAAAAAGAUCCACAGAGAGAAGCCAUCUUGGGUUCAACAUAAGAAAUUUAAGGAUUCAAUGUUUGUGACGGUCAACAAAAGGAUACAAGGGAAAGCUCAAAUGAGAGACAGAGAUCCUUUACUUGCUUACCUUCCCCGUGAAGAUGAACCAUUUGAAUGGCUGGUGGGCAUGUUUCGCAAUGAUGCCCAGCUACCUCAAGGUAGGGCUUUGCUUAUGGCACGAGCGAAAAGCAGUGAUGAUGCAGGACUAGCAAAACUUGCAAAUAGGCUAUUGAAUGAUGCAGAUUCUGUGUCAUCUGAAGGAGAAAGUGAUGAAGAACUUCCAAAGCACUCCAGCAAAAAGAAGACAUUGUCCAGCGCUUCAUGCACAAAGCAAACGAAGAGGCCAAGAUUCAUAACAGAAAACGUAGAAGGGCAACAAGUGUGA